CAUAUUAAUUCAACUUUUUAUUUUUGUUGUUGUAUGUGUAUAUGUGUUUGUUUGUAUCUAUAUAUCUUUCCAAACUUGUCAUUUUUAGUUCUCUCUCUCACACACAAUAUUUUUCAUAUGAGAUUCUUUUUCUUAACAAACAAACAAAUAAAUUUCUUCUUCUUCUCUUUCUUUCUUUCUGUAUAGAUCAAUAUCUCAAACCACAAAUGGUACAACCAAAUCGUGUCCACAGAUUUUUCAAAUUCAGAUUAUUAACCCCAAUACUUCUUCUUCUUCUUAUUAUUAUUAAUUAAUUUCUUCAUCUAAAUUUAUAAAUAUAUAUAUAUAAUUAAUAAAUGGUUGGAAAAGAUAUUAUGGGUUGGAAUAAUAUUAUGCUUAGUGUUGAUUAUUCAAGGCUUUUUUGGUUGCUCUUUGGAGUUUUCUCUUAUGAAUAUCAUCAAUUAGGAAAGCCUCGGAUUUCUUAACCCAAAAAACCAACACUACACUCUAUAUACUAAAUAUUAUUAUUAUUAUUAUUACAAACUUAUUAGUUAUAAUUAUUUCUCUAGCUAUAAAUAUAUUUAUAUAAAAGAUGAGAAGAUCAUCAAGAAGGAGUGUGAAUGGAGGAGUUAAAAUUACAGCUGAGGUUGCUGGUUAUGUUGAAACUGACCCUUCUUCUCGUUAUGGACGAUUUAGAGAUGUAUUGGGGAAAGGAGCAAUGAAGGUAGUAUACAAAGGAUUUGAUGAGGUUUUGGGAAUAGAAGUGGCAUGGAAUCAAAUAAAGUUAAACGAUGUGUUUCGAUCACCUGAAGAAGUACAAAGACUUUAUGCAGAGGUUCAUCUCCUCAAAACUCUUCACCAUGAUUCCAUUAUCAAAUUCUAUACUUCUUGGGUUGAUGUUCAUCGAAGAACCUUCAAUUUCAUCACCGAAAUGUUCACCUCCGGAACCCUAAGACAGUACAGACAAAAGUACCAGAGAGUAAAUAUAGAAGCUGUAAAGAAUUGGGCCGGACAAAUCUUACGUGGGCUUGAAUAUUUACAUGGGCUUGAUCCACCUGUGAUCCAUAGAGAUCUAAAGUGUGACAACAUCUUUGUGAAUGGGCAUCUUGGACAGGUCAAAAUUGGUGAUUUGGGUUUGGCUGCCAUUCUUCGAGGUUCCCAACAUGCCCACAGUGUAAUAGGUACACCAGAAUUUAUGGCACCAGAACUGUAUGAGGAGGAUUAUGAUGAGUUAGUAGAUAUUUACUCAUUUGGUAUGUGUGUUCUUGAAAUGCUCACCUCUGAGUACCCUUAUAGCGAGUGCUCUAAUCCUGCCCAAAUUUAUAAGAAAGUUACUACUGGGAAAUUGCCGGAAGCCCUAAAUAGGAUUGAAGAUGAAGAAGCAAAGCGAUUCGUGGCCAAGUGUUUAGACAACGUUUCCAAGAGACUCCCAGCUCGGGAGCUCUUGCUUGAUCCAUUUAUAGCUUCUUCCCACGAUGAUUAUAAUGAUAAUGAUAUUGUCAAUGAAGAAGAAGAAGAAGAACAAAACUCGAGUAUUGAAAAUGGAACUGAUAUUCAGGAAGAGCAAUUAGUGGAACCUGAUUUACAGAGGACUACGAAUAUGUCAAUCACUGGGACCAUGAAUCCAGAAGAUGAUACCAUUUUUCUCAAAGUUCAUAUUUCUGAUGAUGAAAAUGGGAACAAUGCUAGGAACAUUUACUUCCCUUUCGACAUUGUAAACGACACUGCCAUUGAUGUGGCGAUGGAGAUGGUUAAAGAAAUGGAGAUUAGUGAUUGGGAACCGUCUGAGAUUGCUGUGAUGAUAGAAGAACAGAUAUCUUCUUUGGUACCCAAUUGGAAGGAUUGGAUCUCGACGCCAUUAGAAAAGGGUAGUUGUUUUCCUAAUAGCUAUGAUGAAGUAGAGGAAGAAGAAGAAGAGGAAGUAGUUGAGGAAGAAUAUGAUAUUGCAAAUAGACCUUUCUAUGCUUCAUCAUGUUCUUCCUCUCAUAACUCUCUUUUGGCUCUUAACUCUUCCAAUUUUCUUCGUGGGAACAACAUGGCUUCUUUUGAUCGUAGUUGGUCUCAAGAUGAUAUGUAUAUGAAUGAUGAUUCAAGCUCUAUGAGCUCAUUGAAUUCCUUCAACUACUCCAACCUAAACUACUGCUCUGGCUAUGAAGAGGAUUAUGAUUCAAGUCUCAGAGGUAAUAACAAUGUUGAAGCUACAAUGGCACAAAAAUCUACAAGAUUUCGGCCAGCGAAUAGUGCUGAAGUUGCUUCUUUAAGAGCUUGUCCUCACUUAAAACAUAACCAUCAUCAACAACAACACCACUAUCCGCCGAAGCUAACUAGGAUUCGAUCACUGGUUGAUGUGCGAAGCCAGUUGUUGCACCGGUCUUUGGUUGAGGAGAUAAACAAAAGGCGAUCUUUUAAGACGGUUGGAGCUGUUGAGAACAUCGGGUUUCAGAACCCCGGUGAGGAUUUUUCGAGUACUAAGAUGUUCACAACUGGUGAUUUUCCAGGAAGGUCUUCUUCCAAAGAUCAUAGCUAGAUAUAAAAGCAGGGGAUUCUCAAAAUAUGAUCAUGUUGUAAUGAAUGAAAAGGUCUUUUGUUUUUGUUCAUUUUUUCUUAUGUAUAAGAAGGCUUGUUUUUGUCUUUGUAAAAAUGAUGAUGAUGAUGAUAACUUGUUGUAUUUUAUGUACAAUCAUAUAUUAUUUCCAUGAUUAAUGGAAUUUGUUGGAACAA